UUUCACGUGUAUUUUUAUUGUAGUCAAUGCCUUACACGAUUUCAACAAGAUUUUUAAGUGUUUUAGAUAUUUAUCUAGUUUAAUAGCUUCUUGUACAGAAAUAUACGACUCAAUAUUCCAAUACUGACAAUAAUACGUUGGUCUUUGUGUUAUAAAUUAAAAUUUAUCGAUUGGAUUUAUAGUUUGAGUAAACUUGGGAUUUAAUACUGAGGCAAAUCAAUUAUAUUCCAAAGAAAGAUGACUUACGACUGGUUUGAGUCUAUAGGACGGCCACGAUUUGUGGUUGCUCCUAUGGUGGAUGCCAGUGAGCUAGCUUGGCGCCUUUUAUGCCGGCGACAUGGAGCAACAUUAUGCUAUACUCCAAUGUUUCACAGUAAUGUUUUUAAUAAAGACCCUAAGUAUAGGAAAGACAACAUGGUUACAUGCGAGGAGGACCGUCCUCUAAUUGUGCAGUUCUGUGGAAAUAAUCCUGAAAUAAUGGCAUCAGCUGCUAAACUUGUUGAGGGCCAAUGUGAUGCCAUUGAUAUAAACCUUGGCUGUCCACAAUCCAUAGCUAAAAGAGGCAGGUAUGGAUCCUUCCUCCAAGAUGACUGGGACUUACUGAAGAAAAUUGUACAAACAAUGUCUGAAGCAGUCUCUGUACCAAUAACUUGCAAAGUAAGGAUUUUUGAGAGUAUAGAGAAAUCAGUGGAGUAUGCUCUUAUGUUACAAAAUGCUGGAUGUAAAAUGCUCACUGUGCAUGGUAGAACAAGAGAACAAAAGGGACCAUUGACUGGUGUUGCUAGUUGGGAACAUAUAAAAGCAGUUAGGGAAGCAAUAUCAAUACCUAUGUUAGCUAAUGGAAACAUUCAAUGUUUACAAGAUGUCUACAGAUGUUUAGAAUACACCAAAGUCGAUGGGAUUAUGAGUGCAGAAGGUAAUCUAACAAAUCCAGCCAUAUUUGAAGGAAUAAAUCCUGUGUCAUGGGAGAUUGCUAAUGAGUAUUUAGACUUGGUAGAACAGUAUCCUUGUCCAACAUCUUAUAUCAGGGGCCAUUUAUUUAAAAUAUUUCAUAAAAUAUUUUCACUGGAAGAAAACAAUGAAGAUAGACAAAUUUUGGCCACAGCACAAAAUUUAGAUGACUUUAAGAGAGUGUGUAUCAAUGUGAGAGACAAGUAUCUACCUUAUCAUGAAGGUAAAAUUAAUAUUGAGAAUGAUGAAAACAUAACUAGGAUUGGGUUCAAUUUAAUACUUCCUCCAUGGAUAUGCCAACCCUACGUCAGAAUGUCACCAGAAGAACACACACUGAAAAUUGAGAAAUUAAAUAUUAUUCAGAAAAAUUCUGCUGAAAAAAGGAAAAGUGAAGACAAUGAUGGUACAAUCCUAUCAAGAAAGAAAAUGAAAAAGUUGAGGCGAAUAAGCAGAAGACCAGAAAAGGCAGAUUCGCAACAGAAUGGUAGAAGUGGUCAAAUCUGUUUUAGUGAAGAUUGCCCCAAUCCUCUCGGUGGAAAAUGUUUAUACCAGCUAUGCAAAAAAUGUUGCAGAAACAAAUGCUAUGAAGAAGAGUUAGACUGUAAAGGUCACGGAAUACUUGUUCAUACUAGGCGUGAAAUGGCUAGAAAGUUUGCAAAAAAUGUUGAGUGUAACACAGAAGCUGCUCCAAACUAAUUUAACAGGACCAUGGCAACAACCUGAGGAAAUUACAAACACGUAAACACUGUAAAUAUAUGUAAAAAUGUAUGUAUUUUUUAAGUGCAAAUAUUAAAUAUACAUAAUUAUUGGAACUGUAAGUAGUUUACUCUUUUAUCUGUAAAAUUAAAUGCUGAACUUUCAAAAAGCUCUCUUUCAAGGUACCUUGCAAAAAGUUUCUUUUUUUAGAAUAGUUCAGUCGUUUCCAUAGUAACAAGCUGUAUACAUACAGCAUAUAACUCCUAAAAUUGCGUUAACAAGUACACAAAGUAAUUGAUGCUAUUAGUUGGUAUCCUCCCAGUUUGGGAUGAUGUCAUACUAGGAAUAAUAAAAACUUAAUUAAUUAAGUGAAAUCGAACAGAUGCGCGCGCAUUAUGUGGGUUUGACCAUCAAUUAAGUAACAAUACAAGGUUAGACUGAGCUUUCUUCUGUAUUGAACUUUUUGUUUUUAAAAUGGUAUAACUCGUGAUACAGUUUUAUACUGAACAGUGCCUUAGGAUAGUGUAAAAUGGAUACUGAAUAUAACGUGACUAUAGAUUUAUAAAUAUUACCUAACUAUAGGUACCUAUGAACUAUAAUAAUCAACAUCUACCCUACCGAUGGACAAUUGCUGUUCUUCUCAUCAAUCACCAAGACCACAAAGAAGAAUAAAUGGACUGCAAUUGCCACUGAACUUCCAACAAGUCGCAAGCUGGCUCGUGUUUAUUGCGACUGGGGCGUUAAAUUUUCUAAUAUUGAUAGACAUACAAUUUAACGAAUUGAGGACAAUAUCAUUGGUAAUAUUCACUGUGCUGUAUAUAUCUCACAUUUCAUCGAAUCUAACGGCUUCGUUAUUAGAUCCGAGUGAAAAGGAAUUAAGAAAAUUGGCAGUGCAUAAUGUUCCCGAGUUUGAUCGAGCAGUUCAUGCCCACGUUAUUGAAAAUGGAAGAUGUCAUCUGUGCAACAUACACACAAGCAGCAGAAGAACCAAACAUUGCAGUAUUUGCAAUAAGUGCGUGGACAACUUCGACCACCACUGCAAGUGGCUUAACAACUGCGUUGGCCGAAGGAACUACCUGGCGUUUGUUGCGUGCGUCACCACAGCUCUCAUGAUAUCCAUAUUAACCACAUCCUUAUGUGUAGCAGACAUUGUGAUAUUUUUUACAAAUCCCAAAUAUUUUAGCAUUGAAGCACAAAACUUUAUCAAUUGUAGCACUUCAUACAGCAGAACGAUAGUGAUCCCAAGGUUUUGUAGAACUUCUAUAUCUUUUCUUAUAUUUUUGAUUUUAUUCUGUGUAAUGGCAUUGGCUAUCGGAUGUGCCUUAUUGCAUUUGUGCUGUUUCCAUAUUUAUAUAUCGUUGUUAGGAGUUACAACUUAUGAAUAUGUAGUGAGAAGUGGGGAUUCAAUGACUCCGUCAUACAAGUGUCUACGGGGUUGUAAAUGUUACAGGUGGAAUAAUGUGUCCAAACACUUGUAUACUAUAAGACAACCGAAACGGCCCGCUCGAACUAAUAACACUGAUGAUGGUACAGUGGGGAAUAAAUUAGAAGUUUCUCGUACCGCAGAUAUACAAAACGGGGAAGCACACGUUAUAAACUUCAUUAGUAUACUAAUUAAUAAUGAAUUAGAUAAAGCAAGGAAAAUGUUUUUAUAUGAUAAGAACAAAAUACACCCACACGAAGCAAGUAGUAGUAGCUAGCAUACUUUAUAUCUUGGUG